AAAGGGAGAGACAAAGUGUGAACGCAUAACAGAAGUUAAUCGUAGUUAACGGGUUCAUAAGUACGGACGGAUUCUAUUACCUGUCCUCUUUAAUUUAAACUUAUAAUUUAAUAUUUAACUUGAUAACUUUUAGUUUCAUUACUUCUUCCUCUUUUAAUUUUAAUUUUAUUUUUUCCUUCUUAACAUACAUUGUAAUAUAUACAUAUACAUAUACAUAUAUAUAAUACAAUAGAAAUUAACGACUCCUCGAGGACAGUUUAAAGUUUCCCCCACGAGUUAUUUCUUCGUUUGAUACUGAUGACUUACCAACAACGCGAACGACCCUCACGUGUAUUAACAUUAUCAUCAUCAUUAUUCACAUCCACUAUAUAUAUUACCGCUUGAUACUACGAGACACUUGAGUUACAUUUUGUCUCUUGGACAAUUCACAUUAAUUGUUUUUUAUAAAUAAAGAAGAGAGAAGUUAUAAUUAGUUGUUUUAAAAAAAUAUAAAAAUGAAUUUUAAAAUUUAAUUUUAUGUAAAAAGUGAAUUUUGUUUAUUUGUUUAAAAUAAAUAAUCGUCAUAUAUUUAAGUGGAUUGUGUGUUACUUGUGUCAGGAAAUUGUUAAUAAAAGGAUAAGAAUUAAAAAAAAUAGAGAUUAGUCAAAAAAAAAAAAAUCAUAAUAAUAAUAAUUAAACAUGUGGAAGAGUACGUCUGAAAAAGAUACACCUGGGAAUCAAAUGAAGGAAUUUAGCAGCACCACAAAGAUAGCACCUGCUAUCGGUGAAUACAACGAGAAAGAUGAGCUCUAUGAUCCAUUUGAACACCGAGAUAAGAAAAAUACCUAUUCUGAUCUCGGUUCAUUGGUCCAUAUGGUAAAAUCAUCCCUAGGCUCAGGAAUAUUAGCGAUGCCAAAUGCAUUAAAAAACGGCGGUCUUCUAUUCGGUGGAAUAGGAACACUCUUAAUAGGAUUACUUUGUGGUCACUGUGUCCACAUUCUCGUCAGAUCAUCUCAUGUACUAUGCAGGCGGACAAAAACUCCUAAAAUGACAUAUUCUGAAACAGCACAAACAGCAUUUGCAUGCGGACCUAAAGCAAUAAGACCAUAUGCAAAUUUCAUGAAAAUGGCAGUAGAUACUGCGCUUUGUUGCACUUAUUUUGGUGGUGCUUGUGUUUACGUUGUGUUUAUUUCAACGACUAUUAAACAAAUAACCGAUUAUCAUACAGGUUCUGAUAUAAAUAUAAGGCUAUAUAUUUUAGCAUUAAUACCAGCAUGCCUUUUAUUAGCACAAAUACGUAAUCUCAGAUAUUUAAUACCGUUUUCGGCACUUGCUAAUGUAAUUAUGAUUGCUGGUUUAGCGGCAACUCUCUAUUACGUUUUCUAUGAUUUCAAACCAACAAAUGACAUCAAAUAUAUCGCCAGCGCUGAAAAUUUACCGAAAUUCUUUGCUACAGUUAUUUUUGCCAUCGAAGGAAUUGGCGUGGUGAUGCCAAUCGAAAACAGUAUGGAAAAACCCAACCACUUUCUAGGCUGCCCAAGUGUUCUUAACAUAACUAUGACUAUUGUCGUUGGUUUGUUUACGACAAUAGGAGUAUUUGGUUACUUAAAAUAUGGUGAAGAAACAAAAUCAAUCAUCACUCUCAAUUUACCAAUUGAUGACACAUUCGCUCAAGUUGUUAAAUUAACAAUAGCAUUAGCUAUUCUUUUUACUUAUGGUCUGCAAUUUUUUGUUCCACUUGAAAUAACAUCAGCAGCAGUGAGAUCUAGAUUGAGUCAUAAAUACGGUGCUAUUGGCGAAACAAUAUGGAGAGUAGUUAUGGCUCUACUUACUAUUGUGAUUGCUCUGGCGAUACCAAACCUCGAGCCUUUUAUUUCAUUAAUCGGCGCAGUAUUCUUCUCCUUUCUGGGAAUCGCUUUCCCCGUUAUUGUUGAGACAAUUUCAUGCUGGGAAGGUCAUCUAGGUACGUGCUACUGGAGGCUCAUUAAAAAUAUAUUACUUAUAAUUUUUUCAAUAUUCGCAUUAAUAUCUGGCACGUGGGUUGCGAUGUCUGAUAUAAUUGAAAAUUACGCGUAGUUUACUUAUUUAUUUUAAAUUCCUGGUAUUAAGACUCAAUUUUAACAACAAAAGUGGGUUUUAUACGUGUUUUAAACGAAUAAAGCAAAACAAAAAAGUUUAAUAAAUUCCGGCUGGGUUGAUUCCAAGGCCAAACGAGUGAUUUGGAACACGUGGAAUUUAGUGUCGCUCCAACGCAACUUCUUUCGACGUCUACUUAUGUGAAUAAGUAGUAGUAUACAAUUUAAAGAUAAAUAUACUCAUAUAUAAAUAUUAAAUUUAUGAAUAUCUUACAGUAUAUCAUUAUUAUUAUUAUCAUCAUCAUUAUUUGAGAAAAAAAAAUAGAGCGACAAAUAAUAAAUUAAUACGUUAUGGCCUUCACUUAUUAAAGACACGGUUGCGAUUACGAUUCGCGGGUCUUAUUAAGGCGAGUUGCUGACUCGGAUGACGUAGAAAAUUAUUAUCCUCCGGACGUAAUGCUGUUGUUGUUAUUGUUGUUACUUGUAAACGAUUUGUUCCUCUUAACGUGUCGUUUGGUUCUAAAAGACUGCGAUACCACAUGAGUUUCAUUAUUAAAAAUAAUCCAAUAACAAUUGGUAUCCAUGUAAAGUAUUUGAAAACAUUUAAAAGACGAUGUGCAUUAAUAAUUGGUCCCAGUAAUUUAACACUUGCUACAUUUGUCUAUAAAUAAUUAUAAUUUAUUGUCAUUAUUAAUUCAAUUGAAUUAUUCAUUGCAACAAAUAAAAUAGAUAAAUAAAAUAAAAUUAAUUUUUAUAUUAAAACCAUCCGAUUAAUUACGAUCAAGUAUAUUGCUCAAGAAUUUCGUUGUAUAUAUUUAUUUAUAUACAUAAAAGUAAAAAAAAAUAUUGUCAUUAAUUAUAGUUGCAAUUUAUAAAUUUAAUUAUCAUAAAAUUAUUAAUGAUUACAUAAAAACUGAUCAUGAUUUUUGUGUAUCGUUAUUGUAAUUUAUUAAAUUUUUUUUACACACUACUGACCUUGUAGAUAUCUUACCGCGCUUUAUAAUACGCAGUAACACUUAAGGUUGAUAAUUAAAAUUUGUAGACCGCAAAUUAACUUGGUAAGAAGCAGAUAAAUAAAUAAAUAAAUAAUUAAAUGUGAGAGUGGAUUAAUAAAUUAAUCUGUUA